CGGCGAGACUCAUCAUCGUAGACGAUCCUCCCGACGGCCUUAGAUGGAUCGGAAAUGGAUCCUGCUCCAACUCGCCCUGGUGCAAUGUGCACUGUGUUCCAAGGCCAAACAGCAAGCAAGGCAGAACGUGCAACAAUCGCCCUCCAACGGGAGCUUUGCAAGCGGCUUCCUUAGCGGCCAGUUGGUCCUCGCCGCCAUUCUCUUCGUCUUCAUCAAGUUCUUCAUCUUCGGCGAGGCCUCAAGUCAAGACGACCGAGCACAGUCUCGUGCGGCGGCGCGGCGGCAGCGGACCCUCUCCCAUAGCGCUGCUCGGCAUCACCGCACGGUAUCUUCGUCAUUACAUCCCCGCCCCGGCUCGGGAGUCGUGAAGCCGCGACCGGAAGGCGGCCUGACCGUGCAGAAAAUCCUGGAAAAGACGUACUACAACGUCCACGGCCAUCAGCCAGAAAGCCUGGACUGGUUUAAUGUCUUGAUCGCGCAGACCAUUUCACAGCUUCGCGCGGACGCACAGCAGGACGAGGCGGUGCUCACCUCGCUCACUGCCUUGCUCAACGGGCCCAACAAACCCGACUUCCUCGACGAGAUCAAGGUGACCGAGAUCAGCCUGGGCGAGGAAUUCCCCAUUUUCAGCAACUGCCGAGUCAUCCCCGUCAACGAGGAUGGAAUGCCAAUUCGAGAGCUCAAGGGCAAUCGAGGAGAAAUGCUGCAGGCCCGAAUGGAUGUAGACUUGGGCGACGUGGUCACGCUGGGCAUCGAGACGAAGCUUGUCUUAAACUACCCCAAACCCUUUGUCGCCGUCCUACCUGUCGCUCUUGCGGUAUCUGUGGUCAGGUUUUCGGGGACACUGUCCCUUUCCUUCUCUCCUUCCAGCCAAUCGGAUCCCUACGACUCGGUCAACGGCCUUCCCACGGAUUCCGCGAAAAACGAGGGGCACCCGCUCAACCCCACAGGCUCGUCUCCAACAACGCUCACGUUCACCUUCUUGGAUGACUACCGGCUGGAUCUGUCGGUGCGGUCGUUGAUCGGCUCAAGAAGCCGACUGCAAGACGUACCCAAGAUCGCGCAGCUCGUGGAAGACCGGAUUCACCGCUGGUUCGAUGAUCGGUGCGUGGAGCCGCGCUUCCAGCAAAUCGUCCUCCCUUCGCUGUGGCCGCGCAAAAAGAAUACCAGGGGCGGAGAGGAGCAAGCAAGCGUUGUUCCCGAUUCUCCAUCCAUUCACAACAGCCGCGAUUCUCAACUGGAUGGUAUUGCAGAAGCGACGCUGGGAGCCUCACCAGACCGUUUGCCCCGGUCGCUCAAAGAAGGCUCGCAAACAAAGCCGCCACCCAAGGUCGAAACGCCAGCGGAGCAACGCACGAGAGACUGGGCCGCACGGCAUGGCAAGCCCAAGGAAGCAAUGACGGAAAUCGAACUAGCAGGGGCAGAGAUGCGAGAGGCUGACGAGCGGGAUCGCAAAAGAAGACAGGAGUACGAUGCAGAUGGAUCAGUGCUACGACACCGCACCACUCCGACUCAAGGAGUUCGGCUGUGACAUAGAACGAACGCUUACAUGGCCGAUGUAUAG